GGCCUUGAUCGCUUACGAAAAGGGCGAUGCGGCCUACAAGAAGUUGGGCAAGCGCAACCCUACGCUCCACUUCAACCGGGGUAUGGCCGCAAAAUACGUCGAGGACUACGACCUGGCAUCGAGAUCCUUGGCCACGGCGCACGAGAUUGGUGCAGCAGGUGCUGCAGAGGAGCGCAGGAAG